GGGAGAACCAGGGAAACCUUCGAGGAUGCUUCUUCUAUAUUACUAUACUUGUAGUACCGGUAUAUCCUAUGCAGGCAUCCGUAAAAUCCUGUACAAUCCCGUCGCGCCAGUUUAACGUUUCAGGGCGGAACCGUCCCCCCGUCCCCGGGAUAUGGGUGGAACGUUACGAACGCGUCCUGGAGUCUUAACGUCACGUUGUAAGGGGAGCCGUUCGAUCUUUGACCACUGAGGGAUAUUGGAGAGGAUUUUUGAAACCCUACACACUUCGGCCGUUAACUGACUUCAGUUGACCCCGCGCUUUUUCCUCUCCUUUUACCAUCCGGCAAAUUCACCCACAGGAGAGGUAGGUAACGCGGUGUGGUGGCCCUCCACUGCGUCCGAUAUCGCAGCACACCUACCUCCACUUGGCUUUGAGAGGAGGGGCUGCUGCCAGCAAGCUGCAUCGGGGAACAAUGGCCGAGCAUGCUGUGCAACGCGACGCCGUCCAGGCUGCGCGCGCGAAACAGGAACUCGACGCCGUGGGAUCCAUACCGGAGGCCGACGCUCAAAAGGUGCUGUAUUUCAUCUGCAGCGAAGACGAGGCGGUCCGGAGGAAGGCUCUCGACUUUUACCGGGGCGCCCCGAAGAGGGACGUGUGCACGCAGUGCGAAAAGGAAUUUGACCCGGACAAGAACGCCUCCGACGCGUGCUGUUACCACCCAGGGGAUUUCGAGCUGGACGAAGAUCUGGAGGUCUGGGACGGCGUGGACGACUAUGACUGGCCCGCCGAACAUUAUGAAAGAGACAGCGAGGCCAAUCGUCAAGAUAUCCCCGAGGGAUUCAGGUGGAGCUGCUGCGACCGCGUGGGGGAUGUAAAAGGGUGCGAGACGGGGAGACACGAAGGCACGGGGGCGACCACUGCAGCAGCCACGACAUACGGACUGGCGCUCGAGGUCAACAGGAUGAAAGCGAAGAGGCUCGGCGAACUCGGCGGCAGGGUGGGCAAAGAGUCCGAGGUCCAUGUCCCGGGAGGGCAGGCUAGCAACAAGCGCAAGGCAGACGGCGAGCUCGGUGACGGCGACGCGAGCAAGGUGAAGAAAGGCGCCGGCGCGCAUUGACUGGGCAUUCUUUACUGAUGGGCGACUGGGCUCGGGUUCCACAGGACUAGUAGGUGCUGCUAAGACUUAUUUAUGCUAACACGAGUCUAAUGUUGAUGACGAUAAAGAUUAAGCGGUGAAGCUACGGAGUACUACUAUAUAUCCUCAGCCAAGACUUGUAUAUAUACCGAGCCUGUCUACCCGCGAAUUUAUGACGGGUAAGAUUCCUUG